CUCCAUAUACUGUCACUUUAAUUCCAGUGCAGACCAGGGGGCAGGAUCGUGAGGUUUUCCUUCCCUUGGACUCGGAGCGUUUGCAGCAGCCACAGCAGCAGCAGCAGCAGAUUAAAUGAAGUGUGUCUGCAGGCAGCUGGCCACACGGAGGACACCGUGCUGGCUUGUUCAAGAUGCCAGAGAUGUGCAGCCGGAGUGCAUCGUUAUGGGGAGGUUUUAGCUCUUGAGAGGGCGGAUUUAAGCCUUGCCACAUUUCUCUAGUAGCUCCCUUUUUGUUUUAUAAAGAAAGCUGCAGGGCCUUGAGAAGUCAAUCCGCCUUGAUGGUAUCUGGACCGCAGCGCGCUGCACAUGCAACCGGCAGCUCUCUUCACGGGUAAUAAAGAACUUGGGGAAAGGAAAUGGUCAAGAUGGCAGCUGUGUAUGGACUGAUACAGCUGAUGUGGUGGCUUUAGGUGUAGUCAUUUUCAUUUCUCUUUGGCAUGCGCGUCGCAGGCUCGCGGUGCAGGACGCGGGCGCUUGUAAAGGAACGCUGUUCGGAUUUCCUUUAAAGACUUCGCCGACUCUUCCCAUCUUUAACCCCACGUUUCGCCAAAUUACAAUGCAUGUUGGCCAGGGUGUGGGCUGGGCACGGGAAAAGACAAUGUUCUGUUAAUGCUGGGCAGUCCGAUCAGCUUUGUGUGCUGCGGAUAGACGCCUUGCAGGACAGACAGACACGUGCUGGGACUGGGCUGGAGACUGGACAUUUGCAUACCGUGCAUUAGUAAAUAAACUGUCUCUGAAGCAUGUACACAAACAUUGAUGGAAUGCGACCUGAGUGAUUUUGUAACCAUUUGUGCAGCGACCGAGAUAUCGCGAUUAACAUGGCUGAAGCGGCGCGCAACGGCAACGAGUCCCCCUUAAACGUUGAGAUAGAUCCGGAUUUCGAGCCCCAGAAGCGGCCACGGUCCUGCACUUGGCCACUGCCCCGUCCGGAGUCUGCUGCGGACAAGCCCGGGACAAAUGACACUGACGUAAUCCCUGAAGAAGAAGAUGAUGAUGAUGAUGAGGGUGUCAGCAGCACGGUGAGCGGCGAUGCUCAGAAAGCCAGCGUCGGUGUUGUCAGAUCCCGUGUGCCGAGCAGCAGCUCCGUCUCCGAGCCUGUGGAGGUCCAGCGCGGCCCCUGCAAGGAAGAGGCCGCCGAUAGCUCGCCUUCCUCGGCGCAGACCCCCACCGCGGCUCUGGGCGGCUCUGCCUCCCAGCAGCUGAGGAAGUCCUCCGCCCGCAGGAACGCCUGGGGCAACUACUCCUAUGCAGACCUCAUUACCCAAGCCAUCGAGAGCUCCCCCGAGAAAAGGCUCACCUUGUCCCAAAUUUAUGACUGGAUGGUGAGGUCUGUGCCAUAUUUCAAGGACAAAGGCGACAGCAAUAGCUCUGCUGGCUGGAAGAAUUCCAUCCGACACAAUCUGUCCCUCCAUAGUCGUUUUGUGAAAGUCCAGAAUGAAGGAACGGGGAAAAGCUCCUGGUGGAUGGUCAACCCAGAAGGAGGGAAAGGAGGCAAAGCUCCCAGACGACGGGCCGUAUCGAUGGAUAACAGCAAAUACAUCAAAGGAGCCCGAGGACGUGCCACUAAGAAGAAAGCCUCGCUGCAGGCAGCUCAAGACGGCAGCUCUGAGAGCACCUCAAGCCUCUCCAAAUGGACAGGAAGUCCCACCUCCCGCAGCAGCGACGAGUUGGACGCCUGGACAGACUUUCGCUCUCGGACCAAUUCCAACGCCAGCACACUCAGCGGUCGUCUGUCCCCGAUCCUGGCCAACCUAGAGCUGGACGAGGUGCCUGAUGAUGACUUGCCCCUCUCCCCCAUGCUGUACUCCAGCCCCAGCAGCAUGUCCCCAUCCACGGGGCCCACGGGGCUCUCUGACCUGGCAGGUACCAUGAACCUCAACGACAGGCUCUCUGACAACCUGAUGGACGACCUUUUAGACAAUAUCAGCCUGACGGCAUCCCAGCAGCCUCCUCCUGGAGAGGAAGACAAUGGAACAAAUGGUCAGGGGAGCUCAGUGUUUACCUUCAGCUGCUCAGGAAGCAGUCUGGGUAGCCCCUCUGGCAGCUACGGGCCUAACCCUCUUUUUAGCCCACCGUCCAUCACAUGCCUGCGCCAGUCGCCCAUGCAGACCAUCCAGGAGAACAAGCAGACCACCUUCUCCUGCAUCUCGCACUUUGACGACCACCAGACCCUGCAGGAUCUGCUCAGCCUGGACUCCCACAGCCCCAGCAACGUCAUGCUCACCCAGUCCGACCCGCUGAUGUCGCAGGCCAGCACCGCCAUUGCCCUGCAGAACUCCCGCCGAAAUGCCAUGCUGCUGCGCAAAGAGCCCAUGUUGGUGAACCACACCAGUGUGUGUGAGGCCCAAAGCUCUUCAGUGCCUGGUUGGCAAGCUGGCUUGUCAACCUCUGACAAAGACGCGGGCCACCCCGACGCAAAGCCACCCCACCUGAUCCCCAGCAAGAACACCUCCAUGCAGCUCGGCUCUGGUUUGUCCGUCCAGGACCGCUUUCCUGCCGAUUUGGAUCUCGACGUGUUCAACAGCAGUCUUGAGUCUGACAUGGACUCCAUCCGCAACGAACUGAUGGAAGCCGACUGCCUGGACCUGAGCUUCGACUCUCGCCUCACCUCCGCCCAGAACGGCAACAGGAAUUCAGGAAGCUUCUCCAGCUCGAAACAGACCUCCCCUCACAGCUGGGUCCCAAGCUGAGAAGCUCUGUCAGAGCUCAGCAUUGGUUUAAAAAAAAAAAGUAGUAGGGGGAAAUGUAAAUUGGGGUUCAUUGUCCAGCGUUGUGUAACUAUAGGGAAGAAACUACAAACGUAUUCAUGUAGUAUUUUUUUUUUUUCCAAUAUUUUCAAUGUGAGGCAUUAAGUUUGGUACUGUAUUUUAAGUGUCUGAGACACACAAUGGUGUCUUCCCAGAGGAGGAAAACAUUUCUUUAAAAAGAUCAAUGCCUGGGCGGUGUGAAUAACAACCUGGACUGGAAUGGAAGUACAGGACAUUUUGUUAAAUCAUCAACUCGUGUUAGUCUCAGGGAAUCACCCAUGCGGUAUCACAAAGUGAUACAUGAAACUGAAGAUGAAUUAUUUUGUUUUCACCUUGCUUUCUCUCCUCUUUCACACCCUUUCAUACCAACAUUUUUGCCAAACCAGCUGUCAGCCUGUUGUGAGGGACAGCCUGUUUACAGAAAAGCUGCAGAGAAUGUUCUAUUACGUUCCAGUGGAGGUUACUUGACAAACUUUUUUCUUUUUUUAAGUUUCUUAGAGAGACAUAGCUUAAAUGGACUAAAAGAUUUAAAAACAAAUAUAUAAAUAGGUUUUUUUUUUCCCCAAUGAUUCACAGAGUCACGCACCAAAUAUCAAUCUGUAGAGGUUAAUGUUAUCAAGAUGUGAACUGAUCUACAUUGUGUGGUUUUUGUAUGAUGUUUUAUUUUUAUUUAGCAAAUGUUACCCUGUGAUUUUAGUGACAUUACUGUGAAAUCUGUUCCUUUUAAAAAAAGGUGCAUUUCGGAAGUCUUGAUAGUAUGGUGUUUCUGCUGCAAAUUCCUUUUCACCAUCUUUCCCUCCUCUUCCACCUACUGCAAUAUUGGAAGUACUGCUUAAGUACACACUGUUUAGGGAGUUAAGGACCGUGUUUAGCAAGCAACAUGAUUUAGCUCUAGUUGAGACCAUUUACAUUAGCAAACAUGUAGGACUAUUUGGAUUAAAAUAACCACACUUAGAGCCUCCACAGCACUCAACUAUAAUAUUCUGGUGUUUGUUAAUUUGAAGGAGUUCUUGGUGCUAUAAAUAAGAAGAUAGCAAGGAGUGGCUGCAGAUGGAGAGGCAUUAGUAGCCUCCCCUUUGUUAUCAGCACUAUAGCAGGUGCUGGCUCAAAUAGUGUUUCCAACCCUGUGAGGCGAGUUUGUGUAGUAUCUUAGAGACAUUUUUUGCCAUUUGAGAAAGAAACGACCACAGUAUUUUAAAUAUUGCCAAAAUAUUUCUGCAUUUAAUUAAGUGCAAAUAGGAGGAUAUACAGUGUAUAAAUGUUAAGAACCAGUGCUAUAAGGGCAACAAAAAACAUUGAUAUCAGCACAGUUUUUUGUAGGAACUUGUUUUAGUUUACAUUUUUAUCAGCUGGAAACUGUCAACUUUCACUUGUCUUCUUGUUAAUUGAAAUUUUAUUUAUUUUCCACAUGUGCUUAUUUUGUGCGUUUCCAUAUGAAAUGUGGUAGAGCUGUGUAAACGCACUUUUGUUUUAAUGGUUUGUUUUACACUUUGACCAGCUCAAUCGGGUAUUUUUUGAGGACUGACAACAAACGGCAAAUGAUGCCUGAAAUGGUGUCCUCCUUUUAGAGUCCUAGAGAACAUUUAAAUGUUGCACCCUUUUGAAUUUAACUGAUAAUGUUGCAGAAAUAUGGGAUCCCAUUUGCUUAGUUUUAUUUGGAUUCACAAAAAAUAAAUCCUGCACUGCUGUGCUUCCAAAUAUAAUUUUGAUAGCCCCAAAUGGAUGAUUUCAUAUUGACUUUAAGCUUCAUUUUUUUCUACAGUUAUCUUGAGUAUCUCUCACUGCCAAUAUUCCAACUCCAUUUCUUCCUAUUGCUCCUAAAAACAAAAGACACCAAGUUGACAUUGCCAGUUGUAAUUCCAAUUCCUAUCUUGGCUGUAUCAAAGAUGGUGCAUGUAAAUAAAGCUUAAAGAACCACUGAAAAU